AUGAACUACGCGGACGGCGUCGACUCCACGAGCGAAGAGGUCCAGGUCGACCCGGACGGCGACCUCGUCCUCCGCGCCGGCCAGCAGACCGGGUUGCCCGAGCGGUCGUUCCGCGUCUGCGCGAACGCGCUGCGGCGCUCGUCGCAGGUCUGGAAGAAGAUGCUCUUCGGCCCGUUCAAGGAGUCCAAGCCGGCCUUCGGUACCUGGCUCGUCCACCUCCCGGACGACGACCCCGACGCUCUGGAGAUCGUCCUGAACAUCAUACACGCAAACUUCCCCCUGGUGCCCGCCACGCCCGGCCUGGCCGAGCUGUACGAGAUCUUCCAGAUGGCGAACAAGUACGACAUGGUCCCGGCGCUCAAGCCGUGGGCCAACGCGUGGCUGGACGUGGCCGAGAGCUGUGCCGCCGUGACGGACGGCGAGAGCAUGGCCGCGCUGACGUACGUCGCGUGGGAGCUGGGCCAGGUCGAGCUGCACAGGAAGAUGAUGAAGGAGCUGUUGCUGUACUCUUCGAUCGACGGAGACGGCCGGAUGGUCACCGCUGACGGCGUAGUGCUGGAUGACUCUGACCCUAUCGGUCCUCCGGGAUUACUCGGUUUCCUGCGCAAGCAGCACCAAGAGAUCUUCAACACACUCCCGUCGCAGCUCAACGACGUCAUCGCCAAGUUGACGACGGGUCCAGGCUGCUGCGUCGACAAGAAAGCGUCCUCCGACGAGAGAGCGGAUUGCAACGACAUCAUCCUCGGCAGCCUCGUCAGGGGCAUGGCGAAGACGAGAGGUUCCAUUUCACUGACGAUGCCGGUGAGCGAGGGCGAGAGCGUGGCGAAGUUUGCCGGCACCAUCAGAACCAUCGCCGAGGGCAUCUCCUCUCAUGAACAGCACGGCAGAAAAUGCAACCCGGCGCCGAGAAUUAUCGCCGCGCUCAACAAGUUCACGCGCGGUCGGGUUGUGAAGUUGACCAAGAUGAGCGUGGAGAAGAUGGAGGUAAGACGGGAAGAGCUGGGGCUGGACAAGCCACGUUCGCAAAAGCCAAGCGAAUGGAGCCUGUCGUUACUAAUAGCGUAA